AUGCAUUUUUCCAAGCUCCUUAUCACCGCCGCCGCCGUCUUCAUUCAAGGCAGCCUCGCAGUUGGCGUCAAGACCUACAGCGGUCGUGACUGCACCGGCGUGGAACAGACUCUCAAGGUCGACAAUAAUGCAGCUUGCAAUCCUGACACCCAACGAUUCCAAUCUUACAAAGAAAACGGAUGGGGACCGGGCAACGGGCAGGGAAUUGCGUUCCAUGCUCAACCUAGUUGCUCUCAAGAGUCGUUCAUAUAUGACACGUACUCUCGUGAUGGAGAUUACUUCCACUCUAAGCAAUGCUACAAUAUCAACGGCCAUUCGCCUGUGAAAUACGCUCAGGGUAUGAAACUCUAUUAG